AUGCGUUUAUCAAUCGCCUUCCUGGCAGCGGCCAUCCAGCCGGCGCUCUCCUGGGGAAACGUCGGCCACCGCACCGUCGGCUACCUCGCUGAGAAGUACCUGACGGAUGAAGCUGCCGCCGUCUUCGGGGAGCUCCUCGCCAACGACCGCAACUACGACUUUUCCGAUGCCGCGACCUGGGCCGACACGCUCCGGGGCCAUAUGGGCUGGGCGAGCAAGUACCACUACAUCAAUCCCCCCGAUGACCCUCCCCGUCUUUGCGGGAUGAAGUACCCCCAAGAUUGCCCGUCCAGCGGCUGCGUCAUCUCCGCCAUCCAGAACUACACCUCCCAGAUCCUCGACACCUCGCUCCCGCACAUCAACCGCAAGAACGCAACCAUGUUCGUCAUCCACUUCCUCGGCGACAUCCACCAGCCCCUGCACGCCACCGGCAUCCUCCGCGGCGGCAACGACAUCCGCCCCGUCUGCUGGCGCCGUCAGCCGCGCAACGGCGUCUGCACGGGGCCGAUGAGCCUGCACUCCGUCUGGGACACGCAGAUCCCGCACCGUAUCCGUGGACUGCCGCCGCACCUGAACCCGUCCGACGAGAAGGUCGCCGCCGCCGCGUGGGCCGCGGACUUGCACCUCCGCCAGGAGCGGGCCGGCGUCAACGCCACGACGGGGCAGUGCGUCGACCUCGACACGGGCACCUGCGCGCUGGGGUGGGCGAGCGAGUCGAAUGCCUUUGUGUGCUCGCACGUGCUGAAGCCCGGGCUGGCGUUCCUCAAGGGGCACGACCUGAGCGAGGCCUACUUUGACGAGAACUGGGAGGUGGUGGAGGAGGUCAUUGGGAACGCGGGCGUGAGGCUUGGCGCGUGGUUGAACGCCAUUGCCGCGAGGCUGGCCUCGGCGAAACGGCCUUUGUCUGAGGAUCUCUGA